AUGGCAACACACAAGAAAUAAGUUAAUUCUCUCUUUAACGUCCGCUUUUUUCCUGAAAAACCUCCAUCGAAUAAUGUAGUCAAGGCACGAAGCCCUGUUAUUUAUCCAACUCACAGAUUAUAAUAAUAGCGAAUGGCGACAAUAAAUCUGAAUUAAUAGAAUUAGGAGGCACCACUGAAAAAACCUCAAUUAUCGCGUUGUGGGAGCAUGGGGAUGUAAACAGAAGUGCCAUGCUCGGAAACUUUAACAAAACUGUUGGAAAUAGAAAAUGACAUUCAAUCUACUGAAGUGGAGACUAUAAGCAUCGACAAAUUGCAGAAGUGGAGGAAAGCUUUGGUGGAUCAAUGUGAACAGAUGGAGGAGUAAGUGGAGAAGCAGGAUAAGGAUGGUCAUAAAUAUGCAUUCAAGGUGGUGCCUCAUACUCAGAUGAUAGAAAAGAGGAUAGCGGAGGAAAUUCAAAAUCGAGAAAAAUUAUAGGCUCAGACUUCUCAGAUGAUUAAAUAUUAAGAAUAAGAAAUUAAUUAAUUACUUUAAAAGAUCUAGGCGUUGCAAGAGUCCUUGAAGUGA